GGUAAAUGGAUGUGCAUAUGCAUUAUAUAUUCAGUGUCAAAAUAUUAGGUCAAAAUAGCACUUUUGAACAGCAAAAUCUUCACUUAAACUUUGUCCUAAAAGACCCGAUGUUAUCGGACGUCGGACCCGAUGUGAUCGGCGAGUAAUAUUAUAAAGAUCCGAAAAUAUCUUGAGUAAAAUCUUUUGAGAUCCGAUUAUAUCGUCGAGUUUAUGACGUGCUGAUGAAAAAAUAAUAAACAUACAAUCUGCAUCAUUCAUGCGAAUCAUUUUGUUGUGAACAAUAAAUGAAAUUGAAAAAAAUAUGGCUAUCACCAGUUACCACUGCACAUCGAAACAUUGUAUUUCAGGUCCUCGAUACAAAUGCUACCACUGUAGUUAUAAAUCACACGAGAUGGAUGACUUUGUGGUCCACUUCAGUCAGCACCAUCCAUUACUGAGUAUUAAAGUUAAUGUGCCUGAGUUAAAUGGCAAAAAAUGGAUUUACAAUGUUUUUGACUAUGGUAUUGCAUUAUCAAAGAAAGAUCACGGUAAUUUUCGUUUCGAGGAUAUGAAGCUUGUUCAAAAGGAUAGUCCACAAAAAAAGCGAGUAAAAAUGUCGGACAAAACUGAUUCAACACAGCGUCCAAGAUCUUUAUUUCAAAUCGAUGCAAAUCUGGAAAAUAAUGAUAAGCCAGAAGAUACAAUAGAUACAGAUGAUGAAAUAACUCCAAUAGUUUCGGAAGCUGUCGCAUCUGAAGAUAUAAAUGAUGUCAGUGACUCGGAUGAGCCAGACGAUGAUGAUGAUGGUGAUACUGGUAUUGUUCAUUUGAAAGCAAUGCUCGAAGACGCGUAUGAAGUCUUUAAAAGACAAGACCCCUUUCACCUCAAGCGCUUUAAAAAGUUUUUAAAACUGAUAGCAUCAAACACCUUUCCUUUCAACAACAUAGCCUACAAGUUGUUCUUGGAUGUAGUGGAGUGGCAUUCUCUGCAAAACACGACACAAAUGCGAUACUCUGAAGACAUAAUGCGGUUUUGGUUUACUGCUAAACGACUCUUCCAUGGAAAGUUUUUAGCAUUCAUGAAGGGAACAAAGUCUGAGGGAUAUCUUUCCGAUGGUGGAACACAAAAAGGACAUUUCGAUCCUCAAGACACCAAUAUAAAUUUUGCUGUACCCUCAGCCGUCAGAAUUUCAAGUCACAUACCAGAUGACAUAAAAACUGGCUUCAUGUCAAACAUCGUUCAAAUGUAUACGGAAAAGGUGGAAAAUUCUGAUAUCAAAUUUCACAAUAUAUCUUUGGAUCUGAAGAAAAUAAAUACAACUCGUAAUGAGCAUGGACGAAUAGACCUAGCAAAUUUUGAACCUUCACCGACCAAACAAGAAAUGCAGAGAGAACUUGCUGAGGAAGUAGCUGAAGUUGCAAAUGUAGAAGAAAAUGCCCAAUUGUUAUUAAAACAAAUACAUGGUGAAGAUUAUUCGAUAAAUCAGCUGCGUAUGUCAGAUAAGACUGUUGUUGAUGACACUGUGAUACGAAUCCAGAAGCUCAUGAAAAUACAAGCAAAUCGACUACAAGGAUUGAGGGAGUUUACCAAGUCUAAAAAGUAUGCAUUGGAAAAAUUAUUGAAACUCGCCGAGGAGGAAAACAACUCAAAGGGUGAUUGGAAAAAAUCCAAGUAUGCUGCAGCAAUAAGUAUGGUGAAAACUGUCAUCGUAGAAGUAAAGGAAUGUGUUCUCAAUAUGCUAACAAAUACAGAUAAAUGCGGUUUCAUAACUUCUAAGCUACAGGAGAGCAAUGAUUACACAUUAGGCAAUACAGUUCCACUGCAGAAUCAACACAAUUUUGUUUGUCUUGAUGGUAUCCAUGAACCAAAAAUUUGUGAAGAAAACAAAAAUUUGGUUAUCGAAAACAGCCAUUUGUUAGCGCAACGUUCGGGUGCAUGGUUUGAUCUUAGAACAGAGGCAAAGGUUACAGGGAGUACUAUAUAUGAUGCAGUUGGUCUUCGUACUCUCAAACUGCAAAAAGACCACUUUGAACGUGUCUUUAUCUCCCACGAAAAACGCAAGUUUUCACCUCAAGUUCAGGAAAAAUUGGACCAUGGAACCAUCAAUGAAGAAAAUGCACUCGCAACAUUUGUUGGAAAGGUACUGCCAUGCUUUUUCCCAUCUUUAUGCUUUAAAGAAGCCGGGUGCUACGUCAUAAAGAGAAAUGAGGAACCAUUCUUAAUUACCUCGCCAGAUGGAGAAGGAUGGGAGGGAGAAAACUGUAUACAAUUAACAGCAGAAUUCAAAUGCCCAUUCCAAGAUGAGAGUGCAUUUAAGCUUCCUGUCUUUUACAAUGUACCCACAUACUAUAUAACCCAAGUGCUGAGCCAUAUGAAUGGUGCUAAAACACGCAAAGUUGGUCAGGUAGUUGAGAAGUGUGUACUGUUAUGUUGGUCACCAGAGUCAUCCACAGUGUUCUGCAUAAAAAAUGACGAAGACCUCUGGAACGAGAUAUACAAUGCUCUUGUCGAGGUAUAUGGUGUAGAUAAUCCGAUAAAGCCAAAAAGAAAAUCCCCAAUUGCCCUGGAGCUGAAACGGAAAAUUGAAGAGUUUAUAAGUCACAAUGUGGAGUUAAUUUGUGAGUUCCCCUCAGCACUGGCAUCAGCAUGCAUUCACAAACUAUCCAAUGAGAAUGUUAUCACAGAAUCAGAUACUGAUACUGAGAGCAAGUAUUGUGAAUCGGAGCGCUAUCAUACACACAUGGACGAUUUGCAAUUAACUGAAGAAAACGAUCCCAAAGCAAAGGAAGUUCUUAGUGAUUUGUCAGCCUUAUGCAAGAACAUUACUCAAACAAUUCAUGAAAGCGUCAAACUAACAAUGCCACUUGCAUCAGAUGUCCUAGUUGCAGUGCUGUCAGAUCUCGAUAGAGUUAAGGUUGCAGGCAGCAAUGUAUUGUCCAUUCCUAUAUUCUGGGGACUGUCAGGGAAAAGUUUACCAGUCUAUAAAGUGAGAGAUAUAUUUUCCUACCUGAGAAGAGAAAUGAAAGCUAGAAAUCUGAAAAUCCUCACUAUUGGUUUUGAUGGCCAGUUCUACAAACUUGCUGUUCUAGAUGCUAAUGCAAAGCCACUCACGUUACUCCAGUGCCAAAAGUUCCUUUGGAACAGAAUAGCAAAUCUUAGUAAACAACAGCUUGUAGAUCUCUUACUAGAACUAAGCGAAAGAGUAACUGUAAAUGACAAGAACAGAAAUGACAAAGACAAUCUUGACACCAAAGAUAUAAUAGGAUCUCUAAUCUGCCCAACAAUGGGAGACGUUUUGAUCACAGAGGAGGUAAAAUCGAGCAUGACAAAGCUGGAUGAUGCAUUAUAUACCGCUAUUAAAAUGACUGUUGAUCUAACAAACAAUUACACCGACGGUCAGAAUACAAAUGAAAUCGUAGACGAAAUCGCCGGGGGAUUAACCACAAUAGUUAAAUCUGACUUAACAAAAGUAAAGCACUCAAGAGGUGGUGCCAACGAGAGUUCAGCAGAAUCAGCUAGUACAAAGGAUGUGCCACCUCCAUCAGAUGUACAAACGACAUUUCAAGGGGAAACAAUUGGGGAAUAUAACAGAGAUGAUCCCGACAUUGAGAGAAUGCUACAAGAAGAAAUCAUUGAUAAUGUCGAUGAUGUUUAUCAGCAUGCAACAACUGAAAGUAAGCAUAGUGACAACACUGCAGAGAACAUUGUUGACGACACAGUUAUGGGUAUAACCAUAGAAAACCCUGAGAAUGCUGAUGAGAUUGACUUAGAUGAAACUAUCUAUUACAACCAUGAUGAGGAGAUUACUGGUCAUGUUUCAGCUAAUGUAUCAGGUUCCUUAGCAAGUGAUGACUGCGAAGCUAAAACAAUAUUACCAAAUGAUGCACUUGAUCAAGUUCUAAAAACAUUUCAUACAGCAUCAGUUAAAAUCCAAAAACGUUGGAAUCACAGGACUUUGACUGAUUUGGCAAAGUUGUUCAGAACUGCAAGUGACAUUCAAAAAGCAUUCACCCUUGAAGAACUGCGGUUGGUUGUAAAAGUUUUCACAAAUAAGAAUAUCCUGACUGAGAUUGAAACCAAAUGUCUGAAACGGAAAGGUGAUUAUGUCAACUUACUGUCUUCCAAAGUUGGUGAUGGGACGGCUGUGCAAUUUAAAAUAAGAUCCCAAACUAAAAAGACCAAGAGCAUAUCAAGUUUCAAGAGUUUAUUAAGCCAGAUGAAAAAGCAAACCAUAUGUAUAUUGAUAUGUACUCUAGAGUGGCCUGGAGAAAUGAGGGAGUUCUAUAAUUGUUCUCCUAUCAAGCCAUCUCGUCUCGAGACACCUGAUAAAUCAAGGUCGACGGGAACGGUUCACUGGCUAACUAAACCUGAAAUUGAUGAGGAUGGAGACCCAAUCUUCGCUUUUCUUGAUUUCCAUCAUUUAUUGACUAACUCUAGGUGCCAUAUAGCGAGGCACGGCUACAAAGCAUCAGGUAUCGAUAGAGAGGCGUGGGUUAAAGUAGCAAGAGCAGAAAAAAUCAAUAAAACUGGCCUAAAUUUAGCAUUUGUUGAAGACGUGAUAGAUCCUCAGAGUAACGAUGUUGCCAAGUUAUUCUUUAGUGAGGAUGUAGAAACAGAACUUAGAAAAAUGGGAUUUUGCUCAGAAGCUGAUUAUGCACAUGUAAUGAGAAUAUGGUACAAAAGCGUCGAUGAAAGAGGUUUGGAUUCUUUCCAACGGAUAUUUGAUCUUCUGACAACAAGAACGUGGUUUAUGUCUAAGGUUCUACCAUCCCUCAAUACAUUUCCACCAAUUACAAACAAAAUAAAGGAUAUACCAAUCACUACAUUUGAAGGCAUUAUCCUUAGUACAGAACGUAUAAUGCAAAUGCACCUAUUCACUGGUGAGCGAUCGUUUAAUGUUCGAGCAUUGGGGAGUCAAAUGAGCGAAACAUAUUUCAGCUCAUUCAGAGAUUUGGACCCACAAGGCGAUGGGGUGCUUAAACCAGCAGACAUACCAAAAGCGAUGAGUAUCUCUUGCCAGCUUCUCGACAUUCGUCUGAAUCCUGAUAGAGGAUUUUGCUUUAACACGACACGGAGAAAGCCUGUUUAUGUGGAACGGCCUCUAGGCGUAAGUGUACAAGCUGAGGAUGAUUCUGAUGGAGAACAGGGUCUUGCAGUGCAACUGGCUCAUCUGUCCUUUCGUGAAGAUUCUGUUGAGAUUGCCCCUGAUAUAAUAACAAUUAGGGAUCAUGAGUUUGAUAAAUGUACCCCUUCUCACAAAUACAAAAGGAAAUCCGUAUAUGUCAGCAGACCAGAUUCAUCUGCCAAGGGGGUGAAAGGAAUUCGUGAGUUCCAUAGACGAAAUGAAGAAAAGAUUCUUUACCACAAGCGGACUGGCUAUGACAUUGAGUGAUGAAGUUCUACUAAGCCAUGAGAAAUAGAUUUCGUUUCUCACACGAUAUCAGUAAUUCGAAGUAAAGUUAAAAUCUAGACAUAUCUGAUUCAUACUCGACUCAAUAUAGGGUCAAUUUAACACGACGUAAAACAAAAUGGAGCAUCUACUUCUUAAGGCCUUGGUUGUCACAAGAGGAAAAGCGAGUACCUAUUGAGAGAGACAUGCUAACUUAGAAUGUUACUUUGUUGGAACAUACUUCAUAACGGUUUGAUUAAGAACAAGAAAAAUAUUUUUAGUUUACAAAUAUAUAUUUAUGAAAUAUCAAAACUAAGAACUAUACUCAUACACAAGCAUACUUUACACAUGUAUCUACUGCGUUGUAAAGUACGUUUCAUACAGAUAAAAAGACAACCUUAAGAGACAAUGUGAAUUAGAGCAACGUAUGUAAUAACAGUUUGACAAUCUGCUGUAAUGCUCCAUAUUGCAACAUGGUCAAGAAACAUAUCACAUCGUUCGUUGAACUUCAAAGUUAAAGGCGAAAUGUUUUUACGAAGUAAUCAACAUCCCUUUUGAACAGGGGUAGUAUUAUUUAUAAUAGUAUGACAGCAUGUACAUACUAAAAUGAAAAUAUAGUAUACCAAAC